UCGCCCAACGUUAGCCAUGUCUGUGUUUUUCUGGUGGAGCUAAAUGGGGACGCUAUUGAUACUUUACCGGCAGUGAGUUAUUUUGUGGUCCAUUUGUGUCAAUUCGCGGAUCUGAAUUUUCAUUCUCGGAAGAAUACGUUUAUUCCUAAUUAACCAGUUGCUAUUCUAAAAUUGUACGUAAUGCAGAGAAAAUAAUGACAAUUGAUGUAUCACUGAAGAAAGAGCUAUCAAGUCAUCGCUCUAAGAAUAAAGACAGUAUCCCAGAUGGUCUUGAUCAGCGAAUAGUGUCAUCAUCAAAACAGGUUUUACUGUGUAAGAUAGAUUUCACUCCAGCAGAACAGUCAUUCUCCUAUAGUCUGUCUAAUCUGAGAACCAAGUAUGUAUCAUUGAACCCAAAGAAAAGUAAUUUAACUGAGGGUGAAACAGAUCAAAGAAGAAAGAAAGGAAAUAAAAUGGGAACUGGUAAUGAGAAAACUGCAGUAGAAGCAAGUGAUGGCAUUCCUAAACCCCGGCAAACUCUGUUUCAACCUGACAAAGUUAGGCUAAGCUGGCACAAAGUUUACAGAAUUGGAGCUGGGUUGAUGAACUUAGGAAAUACAUGUUUUUUGAACUCCAUCUUACAGUGUCUGACUUACACACCUCCUUUAACCAACUAUUUAUUGAGCCAGCAGCACUCACAGUCAUGUCGUGAAGCUGGUUUUUGCAUGAUGUGCGAGUUACAACGCCAUGCUGGCAGGGCAUUCCACCAAUGUGGUUCUGCUAUUAGACCAAUGGUGAUCAUUCAAAAAAUAAAGAACAUUGGUAAACAGUUCCGUUAUGGACACCAAGAAGAUGCACACGAGUUUCUACGGUGUGUUACUGAGGCCAUGCAGAAAUCCUGUCUCGUUGGAUAUGAGAAAUUAGAAAAACACAGCAAAGAAACUACUUUAGUUCAUCAAAUAUUUGGUGGUUACUAUAGAAGUCGAGUGCAAUGUAAUAAAUGUCAAGAGAUUUCAGAUACUCAUGAUCCUUUCUUAGAUAUCAGUUUAGACAUCAAGCAUGUGCCGUCUAUUAUUAAAGCCUUGGAGCGAAUGAUAAAGCCUGAGACACUGGACAAUGACAAUAUGUACAUGUGUAAGAGGUAUGAUGUUACU